AUGACGGCUCUGCCGAAUUCGCGCACCACCAAGGGCAGCUGGAACGCUCAACGCGGCGCCAGCGGACCCUUCGCCGAACCACACAUCCCGCUCCUCAACGAGUUCGGGGCCCUCAGCGGACAGGCUCAAGCUUCGCUGAAGCAGGCCGCUGGAGUUCCGUGUGUCGAGCCCGCCUACGUCCCUGACGCGGAGUUGCACAAGCUUACCGAGGACGCUCUCCGCGGCGUCGUCCUCAAGCCGGUCUUCGACGCGCUGCUUGCACUCGCGGGCAACCACCAUCGACUCGAAGACCUCAUCAAGCUGCACGAGGCGCAGGCAGCGUCGCUUGCCGCCGAAGAAGAGGCGAACGAGUGCGCGAUCCUUGCGGCGACCGAGGAGUUGUGCAACCGCCUCCUCAGGCGUACGGGUUACCUGCAGAAGUACGUUGGCGAGGAGGCGUCCAUCGCGAUGGCGCAGGAGAUUCAGGACACGGUCAACGAGGUGAAGAGCUCGAGGAAGGACUCGUCAAUGUGGACUUCGUCUCGGUUACGCCGGCGAGGAACGGCGACGAGGACGAGGGCAGGAAUGCGACUUAUGGCGACGACGACGAACAAGACAGGAAGAGGCGCAAGACGACGUAGGAGGAGGAUAAGAAGAUGA